CUCUACCAAAUUCUAAACGAAUAUGGAAAAGAACACGAAGCCUCUAACCCUCAAUUACAAUUCAGAGAUCUCUUCCGCUCUACAAUUUCAUCAAUACCAGCUUUCCAAUUAAAAAGCUAACGAAUUAUCAUAAACAUACACAAUUUCGGAAUUCCAUCAUCAAACAAAAACCUUUCGAUCACUCCCAGUUUGAGGAAUAUAUAAGAAGAAAGAAUUGUGCUCAUAUUAAACAUAUUCGACAAAAUCACAAAUAUUGAAGUCAAAAUGAGGGCUUGUGAAUCCCCUUCACCUUCUCAUGGCAUACAUAUGAAUCCCAAGUAUUUGGAAGCAAGAAGACAAUUUGAUAAUUCAUCAAUUAAUAAUAACAUCUCACUUGUGAGGGGGGCAUUUGACUCAGAGACUCUGAGGCAGAAGCAUUCUAUUAGGUAUGAAGAUUAUAAUUAUAAUCAAGGAGAAGGCACAACAUCCAGUAUUGAUCCCCAAAGAUUCAAUGGGUAUGGUGGCCGUACAUCGCUUCCUCUAUCAACAGACAAGUUGCUUCCAUCUGGAAGUGUUUUCAUCAGGACCUUGUCACCUUCAAUUGAUGAGUUCGAGGUGUCCGAUUCACGAGCAGUUGUAGGGGGAUCUCCAUCUUGUUCAGGAUAUAAAUAUGGACGUAGGAGAGGAAGAGAUGAGAAAACUGAAUACUGGCUGAAAAGACAUUGCUCUGGUGACUCCUAUCGUGAUUUUGAAAAUAUUGCUAACUGUGGUUCAAGCAAAGGUUUUGAACAUGACAGACCAAGGGCUUUAAUUGAUGCUUAUGGCCAUGAUGACGGGCAAAGGUCUGUGAAUGAGGAACCUCCUGUUAGGGAUCGCCUGAAUGAUAGUGGCGCAGUAAGUAAAAAAACUGAUAGUUCAUGGCAAAGUACUGAAGAAGAAGAAUUCGAUUGGGAAGAUAUGAGCCCGACAUUAUCUGAUGGGAAGACCAACAAUGUCACCGCUUCUACUCUGUCUUCCAGAGGUUUUAGAGCUAUACCUGGUGUUGGCUCUCUUGACUCCGGACAUUUUGAUCCCAGUCUCAGGAGGAGCUGGGGAGUGUCUAGUCAGAUAUCUAGGCUAGAGGAUUCACAAAAGACUUUUGAAGAUGGCGGUCAUUUAUCAUGCAACAAGCCUCCUUCAAGUAAUGAGAUGAAUCGUUCUCAGGGAGCUUGGAAGUUGCCUAACAGUCAUUCUGUGCCUAUGUCUGUUGCUGGAAGACAAAAUAUUUCAUCAUCAUCCGAUGGAAAGCCUUCUUCAGCACCAGUGUCAACCUCCUCAUUGCCCUCUGCAAGUAUGCACCAUUUGGUGCCUCUGUCACCUGCAUAUCUGCAGCGAAACCAGCCCACAAUGUCCUUUGACUUUACAAGUAGAAAUUACAGUAUCCUUGACCAAGGCCUUCAACAAUUUGUCACUAAUGACCUAAGAAAUUUGAUUCCUGAAAAGCCAGCUCACCGGCCACAGUUUAGCUUUGACCGAUCACAUCAUAAGAAGCAGCAACUAGUACCAUUACCACAGCAAUUGCGUCUGCCUCAAGAACCUCAGCAGAAUGCUGUAUCAACUAUUUCUUCACAUCCACAACAGACAAUAUUGCCAUCUAGUCUUGGAUAUACUCUACUAGGUCACAGGGUUGCAGAUAGGAAUGUUGUGCGCAAUCCUGCACUUGGUUCUCAUCCUCAUGUACCCUUCCGAAACGCACCCAAUUGUUCUGUGCAAUUCCAAGCACCUAUGACACCAUAUUCCUUAGUCCCUCGUCCCCAUCUUCAAUAUCUACCCCUUCCGCAGAGUUCUGGUCCUCUUGCUAAUCAACCAUCAACUGCUGCUAUUUCUGGCUUACUAGAUUCUGGUUUACUUAACUCUCUUAUUGCACAAGGUUUAUACCCAUUGAAGCAGACCCCUGUGCAGGAUUUUCUCGGAGUGGAUUUUAACCCUGACCACCUUAAAGCGCGUAAUGAGUCAACCAUAAGGAUGUUGUUUGGGGAUCUACCCAGACAGUGCACCACAUGUGGCCUUCGGUUCAAAACCCAAGAAGAACACGCUAAGCACAUGGACUGGCAUGUGACUAAGAAUCGAAUAUCAAAGAACCGUAAGCACAACCCUUCUCGUAAGUGGUUCGUCAGUGUGAGUAUGUGGCUCAGUGGGGCAGAAACAUUGGGUAUUGAUGCAGCUCCUGGAUUUUUGUCAACUGAGAGAGCUAUUGAAAAGAAGGAUGAUGACGAGAUGGCAGUUCCUGCAGAUGAGGGUCAGAAUGUCUGUGCUUUAUGUCGGGAACCUUUUGAAGAUUUUUAUAGUGAUGAAACUGAAGAAUGGAUGUAUAGAGGAGCUGUGUACUUGAAAGCGCCUUCUAUGUCAACUUUAGGUAUGGACAGUUCACAGUUGGGUCCUAUUGUGCAUGCAAAAUGUAGGUCUGAUUCUACUGCUACUCCGACCUGAAGAACAUAGCAUUGUGCUUCAUGGUACAUGGACAUUCAAGAGGCUAGACAAAGGAAACAAACGAGUUAAUUUUCGACCCAGAUGUCUGUUUUUCCCUGUAACUUAAUCCGAGUUCAUCUUGUUAUACUUUUCCUCUUCUCCCUCCCCCAGAUUUUGUUACCUUGGUGCUCUAGUGUUGACAUCACGGCAGAACUGUAAAUACAGUGGAGGUCUACAAUCCUUACCUUGCCGAGUUGCUGUUGCGCUUUUGGCUCUUUGGCUCAACAAUUUUCAUCUUUGGGGUAGUCCUAUAGGUUAUAGCAUUGAUGAAUAUGUAGAGGAGAUUUCCCCAAAUUAACUCAUUAUUUUCUCUCUUAUCUUACAAUUGUAUGCAUAGUGUUUUAUAAAGCUUUUGAUGGAGAAUAAUGUCAUGAAUUCUAUAAUGGAAUGUAUAUAUAUAUAUGUGUGUGCCAUUUUGUUUA